UCCAGCUUGCUACGUCCCGACUGCGCGGACUCUAGUUGUGUGUAGUGCCAUGGACGGACGUUUAGAGACGGAUUUGUAUCCUCUGGGAUCCAGCGGCGUCCAUGAUAUAACAGUUGGCACGAAGAGGGGAUCUGACGAACUCUUUUCCUCCUGUAUAUCCAACGGACCGUAUAUCAUGAGCUCAGGAGCUGCCAAUGGUAACGACAGUAAGAAGUUUAAAGGUGACAUCAGGAGUCCGGGCGUUCCGUCUCGAGUCGUCCACGUGCGCAAAUUACCCAGCGACAUAAACGAAGCGGAGGUGAUUUCCUUGGGGCUGCCAUUCGGCAAAGUGACCAACCUGUUGAUGCUCAAGGGAAAGAACCAGGCCUUUCUGGAGAUGAACACAGAAGAGUCUGCUCAGACGAUGGUCAGCUACUACUCCUCCGUCACCCCCGUCAUCCGAAACCACCCGGUCUUCAUGCAGUACUCCAAUCACAAGGAGCUGAAGACGGACAACUCGCCCAACCAAGUGAGGGCGCAGGCGGCACUGCAGGCGGUGAACGCAGUCCAGACGGGCAGCGUGUCUCUGAGCAGUGUGGAUGGAGGUUCAGGGACCCAGAGCCCUGUGCUUAGAGUCAUUGUGGAGAAUCUCUUCUACCCAGUCACUCUGGAUGUCCUGCAUCAGAUAUUCUCCAAGUUCGGCACAGUGCUGAAGAUCAUAACCUUCACCAAAAAUAACCAGUUCCAGGCCCUUGUGCAGUAUGCAGACGCCAUGACCGCCCAGCAUGCCAAACUGUCUCUAGAUGGGCAGAACAUCUACAAUGCCUGCUGCACCCUGCGCAUCAGCUUCUCCAAGCUCACCAGCCUGAACGUGAAGUACAACAACGACAAGAGCCGCGACUACACUCGCCCGGAUCUGCCUACCGGAGACAGCCAGCCUUCUCUCGACCCUCAGGCCAUGGCCGCUACCGCCUUCACAGCUCCUGGUAUAAUCUCAGCUGCCUAUGCAGGUGCACAUGGGUUCCCACCAACAUUUGCCAUCCAGCAGGCAGCAGGUCUGUCUCUGCCUGGUGUACCUGCUGGAGCUUUGGCCUCUCUCGGCGUCCCCGGUGCUGCCGCGGCAGCUGCUGCUGCGGCCGCCGCUGCCGGACGCCUCGGCCUGUCCGGCCUCAGCCCUGGAGGACACAGCGUUCUGCUGGUCAGCAACCUCAACCCUGAGAGCGUUACGCCCCAAUGCCUCUUUAUUCUUUUCGGUGUCUAUGGUGACGUCAUGAGAGUGAAGAUCCUGUUCAACAAAAAGGAGAACGCUCUGGUGCAGAUGGCAGAUGGAACACAAGCCCAGUUAGCCAUGAGUCACCUGAACGGUCAGAAGCUCCAUGGUAAGGCUCUGCGCAUCACCCUGUCCAAACACACCACAGUGCAGCUUCCCCGCGAAGGCCACGAGGACCAGGGGCUCACCAAGGACUACAGCAACUCUCCUCUCCACCGCUUCAAAAAGCCUGGCUCCAAAAACUACUCCAACAUCUUCCCUCCCUCCUCCACCCUGCACCUCUCCAACAUCCCACCUUCUGUUGGUGAAGAAGAUCUCAGAGUGCUGUUUCGGAGCUCAGGGGCAACGGUUAAGGCUUUCAAGUUUUUCCAGAAAGACCACAAGAUGGCGCUCAUCCAGAUGGGCUCAGUAGAGGAGGCGAUCGAGUCGCUGAUCGAGUUCCACAAUCACGACCUGGGGGAGAACCAUCACCUCCGCGUUUCCUUCUCGAAGUCCACCAUCUGAGGGCGGGGCAGUCAGGAGCUGAGCGUUUUAGGAGGGGGGGGGUUUGAGAAAGAGAGACUGUCACUUUAGACCAAACUUAAAGCCUUCCACAAUUUAUAAUGCUGUGGAUUUUCCACAAGACACACUUUAUCAUUCCUUUUUUCUUAAAUCUAUAUUCACACGUAUGCUUGUCUAUUUAAGAUGCCACUUUUGAACCAAUAGAUCAGAGGAGACCGUGAAGACCCAGCGUUUUAUUUGGGUUUGAUGGAGCUUUUUCUUUUUCCUCUCUCUGCUGGUUUCUUCUCUUAGACUUAGCUUAGUCACUGAUGUUGGUGCAGAGCAGCGCUGCAUUUCACUGAAGCUUUGUAGCGUAUCAGUCAUCACUGUAUUAUAUGGAAGCUGUUUCUGUCAGUUUAAAGAG